AUGACUUCCUCCCUCAGAAACUCAAUCCACAGGCGCAACCACAAGGAGCGCUCACAGCUCGCCCACAGGGCAAAGCUUGGUCUCCUCGAGAAACAUGCCGACUAUGUCAAGCGUGCUCGCGACUACCACUCCAAGCAGGUCCGUCUUCUCCGUCUCAGGCAGAAGGCCGCAGAGCGCAACAAGGAUGAGUUCUACUUUUCCAUGCUCAAGGAGAAGACAAAGGGCGGCGUACACCACAAGGACAGAGGAAACGUAGCACUUCCUACCGAUAUCGUCAAAGUCCUCAAGUCCCAGGACGAGAAUUACGUUCGCACCAUGCGCACAUCAGGCCUCAAAAAAAUAGACAAAAUCAAAAAUAAUCUCAUGGAGAUGGCGGAUUUGCUCCAUACCCCCGCCGAAGAGAUAGACGAGCCAGACCUGGAUGAGCGCGAGUUGAAGAUCCUGCAAGCCGCUCGCAUUCUCCACACCUCAGGCAAGGCUUCUCGGAAACGAAAGCAUAUUUUGUUCGCAGAGUCUGCCGAAGAAGCUGCCCGUUUGUCUGCAAAGGGCAAAGGCAAGGAGACUAUCCAGGAUCCAGCCGAAGAAUUGUCACAUGAGACGCUAGAAGAGGUCGACUUGGGAUGGAAAUCAACAGAAGCCAAGAAAAAGUCAAGGCGAAAAUCUGCGGAUAGUGCAACGGGCAAUCAAUCAGAAUCCAGCCUCUUGACCGAAACUGUGCAACGAGAUGUGGAAAAGCGCCGCAAACUGCUCAAAGAACUUUCCGCCAGACUGGAUCGCGAUCGACAGUUGCGGUAUGCAGAACGUGAAUUCGAGAUGCAGCGACAACUGAUGGGAAAGGGUGCCCGAAAGAAGAUACAGGGUGUUGAAAAGGUCGAAGGAGACGAAGAGGAAGAGGAAAAUGAAGACGAAAUCGACGCACGAAAAGGCAGGAGAAGGCAGCCUGCAUCGAGACAAAUAGAUGAAGAAACUUACCGACCCCGAGUUUACAAAUGGCGUUUAGAACGUAAACGUUGA